GCACAGACACAAAGGAGUAAGACCUCGGCCAAGACUUGUUCCAGACUAGUGUAUCACAAGUAAAAGAAUGGCUGCUGUGGAAGAUAUUUUGCUGCAGUCCACCAAUACAACCAUUCUACUUGGCACAUUUGCGAUCCUGUUUAUUCUCUAUCUAUUCUCCCCCAGCUUUGGCCCUCAGAGAAAGGAGCCUCCAGGACCCUGGCCAUUGCCUCUGCUGGGUAAUUUGCUACAGUUGGAUCCUAAGUCACCUCACAGCACGCUGUAUGAGCUCUACAAGAAGUACGGACCAGUAUUCACCGUCCACCUUGGAGCCAAAAAAGUGGUGAUGCUGGCUGGACACAGGACGAUCAAGCAGGCUCUGGUCAACAAUGACGCAUUUACUGACAAAGAAAAUUUACCAAUUAUCAAUGACCUGAAAUUAGAACAUGGAAUUGUUUUUGCCAGUGGAGACUCAUGGAAAGAGAUGAGGCAGUUUGCAUUGACUAACCUAAAACAAUCUGGAAUGGGAAAGAGAGAAAAUGAAGAGAGAAUUAUAGAGGAGAGUCAAUACCUGAUUGAUGUGUUGAGACAAAAAGACGGUAAGGCCUUUGACACCACCCAGCCAGUGAGCUACGCUGUCUCCAAUAUUAUCUGCUCAUUUGUCUAUGGGAACAGAUUUGAUUAUGAUGACCAGAACUUCAGAUCUGCUGUGGACCAAGCUAAAAAGAACACCCAACUCAUGGGCUCCCCUUCAUUACACUUAUACAACAUCUUUCCAAGGCUGUUCAGAUGGCUUGGAGCCCGAAAGCAACUGAUGAAGGGUUCAUUUGCAAAUAGGAAAAAGAUGACAGAGUUGAUCAAGGGUUUACAGGAGACCCUUAAUCCACAAAUGUGCAGAGGUUUUGUGGAUUGUUUUCUCGUCCGCAAGACACAGCUUGAGGCAUCUGGGAAUAUGAAUUCUCAUUAUUACGAAGACAACCUUUUGGUGUCUGUUGUCAACCUGUUUACUGCUGGCACUGACACUACAUCAUCUACUCUAAGAUAUGGCUUACUGCUCAUGGCCAAGUACCCAGAAAUACAAGAUCAGGUCCAGGUGGAGUUGGCCAGCGUGGUAGGAAGCCGUCAGGUCAGAGUAGAGGACAGAAAGAACCUGCCGUACACUGAUGCUGUCAUCCAUGAAAUACAGAGAUUUGCAAAUGUUACGCCUGUACUUGUACAUUGUGCCUCCCGAGAUGUCACCUUCCAGGGCUACUUCAUCAAGAAGGGGACUCCAGUGGCUAUUCUCCUGUCAUCUGCUCUUCAGGAUGAAGAUGAGUGGGAAAAGGCUUACACUUUUAACCCAGGCCAUUUUCUGGAUAAGGAAGGGAAUUUUAGAAAGAGGGAUGCUUUCCUACCAUUCUCUACAGGUUCAAGGUCUUGUGUUGGAGAGGGUCUGGCCAAGAUGGAACUUUUCCUCUUCUUCACCUCUCUCCUCCAGCACUUUUGUUUCACUCCACCACCUGGAGUUACAGAGGAUGAACUGGACCUGACAGCAGUUGUGGGAUUUGCCCUCAGUCCUUCACCUCAUGAGCUCUGUGCUAUCAGCAGGUCUGACAAAGAUUAACAAUGUUGAACAGACACUGCUAUCUC